AUGCACGCAGGACGUUUCUUUGGGAUCGUGCCUUUGGCGCUGAUCGGCGCCCUAGCGACAAGCUUGCUCUUGUCCGUUUCUCUGGUUUCUGCUGCCGGCCCGGAAAGAUUCGCAACAGCGCCAAACGGACGAGGCAAGGUGGCGGUGGUGUUCAGCGAUGUAAAGUUCGACGACAAGGCGGCGGUGUGGAGCUUGCUUGCGGACCCGCAGUACCAGCGCGUCGUGGUCGUCACCUCCGGAAUCAACAAGCACAGGAAUGCGGCUCAGGAGCUGGUGAAUUUCGUGGACCGCCAGAGCGAGCACCUCGGCUCUCGAAACCUCAAAGAUAAGCUGAAGCUGAUCGAAGGCGGCAAUCCCUUGGGCAUGGAAGCUCCGCACGAAGUCUGGUACAACGGCGUGCCAGCCAUGCAGAUUCCGCGAUUGAACGCGCGAGACAUGCAUCGAGAGCUUGCCGGCAAAAAGGUCGCCAUCUUCCAGAUUGCACCGGCCCAACUCGACGAUGUCAAGCUCGUCAUCGACAGCGCCGACCACGGGACCGUUCAGAGUCUAAUGCUGCUUCACGGCUAUAACAGCCGCCAGGCUGACAUGGCCGCCCAGGAACGCUUCCUUCUCCAGCUGCGACCGCUCGUCAAGAGGAACAACCCGCAAGGCGAAGUGUACUUUACAUCGUCCUUCCAGUCGUAUGCGGCCAAGGACGGCGGAAAGCAGCCGUUGCAAUGGGUCGCAGAACGAUUCGCGCCGUACGACGUUGAUCAGGCCAUGCGAGAUCCGUUCUGGUCUCAGCAGAUUAGCGCAGGAAGUCAGUUUCUCCCGGCAGGACACCAAUCGCCGCUUCCGCUCCACGAUAGGGAAGGCCUGGACAGGUACAUCUUUGAGGCGCGGCGCGACCCCACAAGGUACGCUGCUCGACGACACGCCAUCUACCACCAUGUAGACGCAAUCUUGAACAGCAUGUCUGCCGAGCAGAAACAGGAGCGUGCUCGACUCGUAGGCCGACUGGAAAACACCUUCAAGCCGGAAUUCGGUGGUGCAGGAACGACGAUCGAGAUGGCAGACGCCGCACACAUUGCCCAUUUCCAUCGCGCCCAGGCUGCCAACGGCGCUGGUGGUGUCUGGGCGAGGCACGAGCGCGGUGUCACUGCACCGGGCGCGGCGGCAGGCUUCCAGCAAGUCACGCAUCCCGCACACGCUGACGGCGUCCUUCUCCAAGGUGGACACACCGCCCUGGAUCGUGCGUGGAUCGAUGGGCUGGUUAGAAGCGUGCGCGGCUGA